CUCGGUAUAUGCUUCCAGUAUCUCCGCUUCUUAUCUCUCUCUCUCCCCCUCAAAUACCCUUCCCUUCUCCUUCUCUUUCCUUCAAUCAAUUCCUCCAUCUCUCUCUCUCUCUCUCUCUGCAAUUCGCUUAUUUAUAUGUUUAUAUUAUAACUCCAUAGCUCUGUAUCUUUUCCUCUCUGUAUCUUUUCCUUUCCAUUUCCCUUCUUCUUCUUCUUCUUCUUAUUCUUCUUCCUCUACUGGUUCUGUAAUUCCAUAGGAUUCGCUUUCUAUGGCUAACACAACUCUUCAUCAAAACAAGCAUUUCCUGUUCUCUCUCACAUCCAAAACCUCUCCGUUCCAGUCUAUCAACUCUCUCCAUUUCCGACCGCCUUUAGUUUCUCUCUCAUUCUUUCCUUCCUCUUUUUCUUCUUCAUCUUCGUUAUCAUCGUCCUCUUCUUCGUCGUCGUCGUCGCAGCAUGUUCCGAGAGUGUCCACGGUUUCUGUCGAGUACGCGCCACCGGCGCCGGAGUAUGAUUUCCAGGGAGAAAUAGCUCGGCUCAAGGCUCUCCGCUCGGAACUCGUAGCUUCCAAGGGCUUGAAUGAUAAAAACUCCGUGAUUGACGCGGACUCCCGAGUUCAGAGCUUCUUUAAUGAGCAUAAGAACGGUCUUAUUAGGGCUUUGGCGUCGCUUAAUUUGGAAUUGAGGGAACUGUUUCUGGUUAAGUGUUUGGUUGCGGCGGGGCAGCAGCACGUGCUUGGUUUGGGCUAUUACGAUGAGGAACUUGUGGAGAGAAAGGAGGAUAUUUCGAGGAGCUCGGUUAAGAGUGCUCUUUAUGCUUUGGUUGAGAUGAUCGAGAGGUUCGAUAUUAAUUAUGGUGGUGGUGAGAGCUUCGAUGAGACAAGUGGCUUCGUUUUGCAGGAGAGGGAGGUUAGCGAGUUCAGGAAGCUAUUGAAGAUUCUGGGAGAGGUUGAGGAGUUUUAUGAUUGCAUUGGAGGAAUAAUUGGAUACCAGAUAAUGGUGCUUGAGCUCCUUGCUCAAUCUAGGUCUGAAAGGCAGACUGCAAGUUGGUCCCAGCACAUAACUGAAGCAAUGGAUUGCCAGUUUUUAGAAAUUCAUUCCCCUAGCGUGGUUGAUCUUUCUCAGGAUACGGGGUAUGCAUCUCAAGCAGCACUUUGGGGAAUUCAGGGUUUGCCAGACCUAGGAGAAAUUUAUCCCCUUGGAGGCUCUGCAGAUAGGCUUGGUUUAGUUGAUCCUGACACAGGUGAAUGUCUACCUGCUGCCAUGCUUCCUUAUUGUGGACGGACUUUGUUGGAAGGUCUUAUAAGAGAUCUUCAGGCUAGAGAAUUUCUAUACUUCAAGAUGUAUGGAAAACAAUGUAUCACUCCUGUCGCAAUUAUGACCAGUUCAGCAAAGAACAAUCAUGAAUGCAUCACUUCUCUUUGUGAAAAAAUCAAAUGGUUUGGAAGAGGUCGAUCAAGUUUCCAACUAUUUGAACAGCCUCUUGUUCCAGCUGUUAGUGCUAAAGAUGGUCAAUGGCUAGUUUCAGAGCCAUUUGCAGCUGUAUGCAAACCUGGUGGUCAUGGGGUAAUAUGGAAACUUGCUUAUGACAAAGGCAUCUUCCAGUGGUUUUAUGAUCAUGGAAGAAAAGGUGCUACAGUUCGACAAGUCGGCAAUGUUGUGGCUGCAACGGACUUGACACUAUUGGCAUUGGCUGGGAUUGGUCUACAUCAUGGAAAGAAACUCGGUUUUGCAUCAUGCAAGCGAAAUUUGGGGGCCACAGAAGGAAUCAAUGUUCUAAUGGAGAAGAAUAAUCUUGAUGGGAAGUGGGCAUAUGGUUUAUCAUGCAUUGAAUACACUGAAUUUGAUAAGUUUGGAAUCACUGGUGGACCUCUUUCACAUAAUAGCUUGCAGGCCGAGUUCCCUGCCAAUACAAACAUUCUAUAUGUGGAUUUACCUUCUGCAGAAUUAAUUGGAUUAAGCAAUGAUGAAAAGAGUUUACCAGGAAUGGUUCUUAAUACAAAGAAGCAAAUUGUGUAUGCUGAUCAGUAUGGGCAGUGUCACAGUGUCUCCGGUGGUAGACUUGAGUGCACCAUGCAAAAUAUUGCAGACAAUUUUUUUAGUACAUAUUCAUCUAGAUGCUACAAGGAUAUCCAAGCAGAUCAGUUGGAUGCCUUUAUUGUGUAUAAUGAACGGAGAAAAGUUACUUCAUCUGCUAAGAAGAAGAGAAAACAUACAGACAUGUCAUUGCACCAGACUCCAGAUGGUUCAUUGUUGGAUAUCCUCCGUAAUGCCUAUGACCUUCUUCUGCAAUGUGACAUUGAACUUCCUGAGAUAGAAAGUAACAACAAAUAUGUUGAAUCUGGACCACCAUAUCUCAUAUUUCUGCAUCCCGCUCUUGGUCCACUUUGGGAAGUCACAAGACAGAAAUUCAAUGGAGGUUCCAUUUCCAAGGGUUCAGAGUUACAAAUAGAAGUUGCUGAGUUCUUGUGGAGGGAUGUUCAGCUUGAAGGUAGCCUGAUCAUUGUGGCAGAAAAUGUAAUGGGCUCGACUAGGGUUGGUGAAAAUGGUGAACCGAUAUUACAAUAUGGUCAUAGGUGUGGAAGGUGUAGAUUACAUAAUGUCAAAGUGCUGAAUGAAGGAAUUGACUGGGAGUCCAGCCAAAAUAUAUAUUGGAAGCAUGAUGUACAGAGGAUUGAAGCAUUUAAAGUCAUACUGCAUGGAAAUGCUGAAUUUGAGGCUAGCAAUGUUACCCUGAAGGGAAAUCAUGUCUUAGAAGUCCCAGAUGGCUAUAAAAUGAAGAUUACAUCAGGAAAUCAAGGUUUUGUUGUCAGCUUAGACACCAUUGAACAGAACUUGAUGGAUACUGGAAGCUGGUACUGGAACUACAAGUUAAAUGGCACACACAUUCUGUUGGAAUUGGUAGAGCUGUAACAUACUAACCAGAGUUUUUAACUUGCUUAUGUGAAUCAUGGUUCACAGAUGGACUAAGAGCUCAUCACCUCUAGGAUCCAUUUGUUUUUAGUUUAAUUGGUUGAACAGAAGUUGAACCUUUUUUUUUUCUCUAGGGUGCUUCCUACUAAUACGUUGGAAAAGAGUUGUAAAACCAUUGUCGUAUAGUAUCAUACAGUUUUUGGGUCAUUAUUGAUGUAAUCUUAAUGUAAGUAAGUAAAACAGUGUAAAAGUUUAAUUGGUGAAAAGUUCUAUUUUUAUUCUCCUCCUGUUUACAGGAGUUAAUUCUCAA